GCUCAGGCUCCACCCCUUUUACGAGCAUCGGACACCUUCAGCAAAACAAAGCAUGUGUCGCUCCGCAACAUUGUUUCUCCUCUGAACGUGCGCAAAUAUCAAGGAUUUUAUUCGCAGGAUUUUAUUUUGGUGCUAUUUCCUUUCCCCUCUUCUUUGAUGCUAAUCCCACAGUAGUGGCUACCAUGACAACAGAGGCAAGCGCGGUGAGCGAGGCAGACACUGAGGGCAGGCAGAAGACCAGCGGCGCCGAGCCCGAACCCGAACCGGAGAGCAAGCAGAAGCCGGAGGCGGCGGCGUCUGAGCCGGAGGGGGAGCAGUCGAGCAAGAAGGCCCAGGAGCAGGCCUUAGAGCCUGGGCCCGCAGACGUCGCUACCUCCCCCGAGGAGGAGCAGCUGAAACCUCGCACCAGAACCUCCGCUGGAAAGGGCCUGUCCCGGCUCUUCUCCAACUUCCUCAAGCGCCGCUCGCAGUGCUCCGAGGGAGAGGGCUUCGAGGUAGAGAAAGCAAAAGAGGAAAAGGCGGACAAAGAGGAAAAAGCUGACAAGGCAGAAGAGGAGAAGGUGGAAGAGGUGAAAAGUGACGACAAGGAGGCUAAAGCUGAGGAGGAAAAAACCGAGGUCACAGAAGUGAAGAAGAAGGAGGGAAAAGUAGAGGAAAAAGAGGAGAAAAAGAAAGUGGAAGAAAAGGUUGAGAAGAAAGGAAGUAAAAAGAAAAAGAAAGAAGCCAAGAAGAAAGCAGAGGAGAAGGAUGAGGAGAAAGUGACCAAGGAGGAGACGAAAAAGGAGGAGGAGAAGUUGAAAAAGAAAGAGGAAGCAAAAGAGGAGGAGAAACCAACUGUAGAAAAGAAGGAGGAAAAACAGGAGAAGAAAGAAGAAGAAGAAGAAGAAGAAGAAGAAAAGAAGGAGACUGCUGAAGCUAAAGACAAGGGGGCGGAGGCUGGAAAGAAAGAGGAGGAAAAAGUUGACAAGAAGGUGGCAAAGAAGAAAGAAAAAGAGGAAAAGGUAAAGAAAAAGGAGGAGGAGAAGGCGAAAAGGAAAGCAGAGGAAGAGGAGAGGAUAAAAAGAGAGAAGAAGAGAAAGCAAAGAAGAAGGAGGAAGAAAAAGCCAGAGAGGCCGAAAAAACGAAGAAGAAAGAGGAGGAAAAGCCAGCUCAAGAGGAGGAGGAGAAGGGAGAAGCUGCGAUAA